CCCAUUGCUAGUAUUGCUAGUGGUAAUGGCAAAGCUGACAAAACCUGACAAAACGACAUAAAUUUCAUAAAUUGGGCUCGAUUCUAAGAAACAAAUAUUUUCAAUAUGCCAGAAAAGGUAAUUAAGCUUGAGCCGAAGCGAGAUGAAGUUGAGUUGGAAACGCAGCUGAUAAUGAGGAUGCCACCGGAACCUGCUAAAACUUUGCGAGAAGCAAUUCAGAGUGGAGCGAACAAUCUGAAGGAUCGUCUCACAAUUCGUCUAGAUACAGAUUUACGCUACGGAGAAGUUCGCCUGGAUCAUUGGCUGCUGCAUGUUAAAGUUGUUGACCUUCCCACCAUCGUAGAAACACUUAAGACAAUCGACGGAAAAAAUUUCUAUAAAACAGCUGACUUAUGCCAAUUGAUGAUCUGUAAAGAAGAGCCAGAUCUACCUUCAGCUGAAGAAGAAUCUCCAGCAAAAAAUAAGAAAAAAGAUCCUAAUAAGGUAGAUAAAAAAUUCUUAUGGCCACACGGAAUAACACCUCCAUGUAAAAACGUUCGAAAGCGUCGUUUCCGGAAAACACUGAAAAAAAAAUAUGUUGAAGCACCAGAAAUUGAAAAGGAAGUAAAACGUUUGCUGCGUGUUGAUAACGAGGCAGUACACGUAAAGUGGGACCUUAUCACAGAGGAGGAGGAUCCAAACAAAUCAGUAUCAGAGACCAAACAUGAGUCGAGUGCUCCGAAUAAAAGUCCUUCGAAAGCGGGUAAAAAGAGUACAACAAGUAAGGAUGUAGGUGAGCACGAUAUAUUUGGUGAGGAAGUUUCUGAUUCCGACGAGGAUGAAAACACGAUCAACAAGAGCAUUGAUAUCGAUGAAAGCAGUCGACUGUCGGCAGAGGCUGAAGACAGUCGUUUAUCAGAUUCAAGUUCCUGUCAGGGAACACAGUCUUCUGAUAAGAAUUUGACAGUCGAAUUUAGCAAAAGCAUGUUUAGUACUGUGUCUAGUAGUGGUGGUUCGCGCUCACGCAAAUUCGAUACACCUGCAGCAUCUAAGUACGGUGAUAACUCACGACUUGAUUCGGAUAAUGACUCAACUGAUUUCACACCAUCAUCACGUGACGUAAUCAGCAGUCGCGUGUAUGAACUUCGACGACAGUUAAGUGAUUUGAAAGUACAAAGAAGGCAAAAGGAACAAGAAAUUCGUACGAUCGAAAAUCAGACACUUCGCCAACGCUUGCAAGAUAAUCUGGAUAGUUUACUUAGCCAGAUUGUAGAAAAAGAAAUGGAGGUACAAGAACUGGAGAUGAUGUGAAUGAAUCGGGAGUCAUUGUCGCAUUGGUUUUAGCCUUUGUGUUGAGUUAUAACGUGCGCAGGAUAUGCUUAACAGUGGUUAUAUGCUGAAUUGGUUGAUUGUCCCUGGAAAACAAUGUCUUUUAGAAAUAAGCACGUUUUUAAAUAAACCAAAUUAUCUGGCGUUAG